ACAGUCACAUCAUUGAUGUUGACAUAGGCUUUAAUGGUGCGAUAUAUAGGAUUUUAAAUGGUAGGUGCAGUUUAUGAUAAACUACUUUGAGAAGUAGCCACAGAGUGUCGCCACAGACCAUGGCUGUGAGUGUUAACUAAUGUGACUCCUCCUUUAUGGUAUCAUAUCGAGACGGAGAACUGAGUCAGAAAGAAACGAGCGAGCGUCGUCAAUUUAGAACCCAUUUGUGAAUGCCAUGUAGCCUGCUGGAGUUCCUUGAUAUUGAGUACUAAGAGUCAUCCAAGAGAAGGGGAAAAAUAUGAGCAACACAGUGGUCAGUGGAUAUGCUUGGACAUUGAUUCUGUUCCUCUCUUCAUGGGACGUAUGCCUAUCUUCCGGUCAGAUUGAGUACUCCGUCGCGGAGGAGGUGAGCAAGGGGACCGUUAUUGGAAAUAUAGCAAAGGACUUGAAUAUUAACUUACACGAACUGGAAAACCGCGUGUUACAAAUUGUUUCUGGGUCCAACAAUAAGUAUUUCCAGAUAAAUGUCAAAAAUGGAGAGCUGUUUGUCGAUGAUAGAAUUGACAGAGAGGAGCUCUGUGGGACGAAUACGAAGUGUUCUUUAGAAAUAGAAGCCGUGGCUCAAAAUCCUCACAGUCUGUAUAGAAUUCAAAUCAAUAUUUUGGAUGUAAAUGAUAAUGCACCUAUUUUCCCUGUCAACUCGCUUACCAUGAACAUCUCCGAAAUAGCUAAUCCAGGUGAAAGAUUCAGCCUCCCCAUUGCAGAGGACCCCGACACGGGAAGUAAUUCUCUUAAAGGCUACAGGCUGAGUGUCAAUGAAUAUUUCUCUCUGGAUACACAGAAUGAGGGGCGACAAGGUCGGUCCGCUGAAUUAGUGUUGCAGAAGCCUUUGGAUCGGGAGAAGCAGUCGGUUAUAAAUCUGGUAUUGACUGCAAUCGAUGGAGGUAAACCUCCUAAAUCUGGCAUCUUAGCUAUUAAAAUAGAUGUCUUGGAUGUGAAUGACAAUAACCCCAUUUUCAGUAAAACACUUUACAAAAUCAGUAUACCUGAAAAUAUUCCUUUCGGAGCUAAAGUCCUCUCAGUUACUGCAACAGACGCAGAUACUGGUGUAAACAGCGAAAUUGCCUACUCAUUUACCGGACAUGGACAUUCGAAAAUCUAUGACUUGUUUUCUAUCAAUCCUGACACUGGUGAAGUACUGGUAAAUGGUCAACUUGAUUUCGAGAGAAAUCCAGCUAUUGAACUACGCGUACAGGCAAAAGAUAAAGGAUACCAUCCAAAGACUACGCAAUGUAAAGUUUUGCUGGAAGUCAUAGAUGUAAAUGAUAAUGCUCCCGAAAUAACAGUGACUCCUCUAUUGCAAAUGGUGAAAGAGGAUACAAAGGCUGGGACAGCGGUCGCUUUAGUUAAAGUUUCAGAUAAAGAUGGAGGUAAAAACGGAGCGAUACAGAGCGUCGUUAAAGGCAACGUUCCUUUUAAUCUUGAGACCAAUUACGAAAAUUAUUAUUCUUUAGUUGUAGAUGGGCUUCUAGACAGAGAGAAUUAUUCCGUCUACAACAUCACCAUCAUAGCAACAGAUGGCGGGACCCCACCACUCUCUAGUACUAGCGAUUUUACGGUUCACGUUUCUGAUGUUAAUGACAAUGCCCCACGCUUUACAAAGCCUUUGAUAACUGUGUAUGUAAAGGAAAAUGGGCCGGUGGGAAGUGUUAUCACAGCAGUAACAGCUACUGAUCCAGAUCUCGAUGAAAAUUCAAAGGUGUCUUACUCUUUGGUUGACAGUAAAAGUAGUGAUACUCUUUUCUCCUCAUAUGUCAGCCUCAAUUCUCUCAGUGGUGAAAUAUUCAGCUUACAGUCAUUUAACUACGAAGAAAUAAAAAAAGUUCACGUUCCAAGUACAGGCAACAGACUCUGGUGUCCCUGCAUUAAGUGGUACUGUCACUGUGCACGUUCUCAUCCUGGAUGAAAAUGACAACAGCCCCGUUAUUCUCCCGCCGUAUUCUGACCAAGGCUCCGUGAACUCUGAGAACAUCCCCUACUCUGCUGAAGCGGGCUACUUUGUGGCC